AUGGCGUCCAAACCUCUUCCAGGCUGGGUGGCCUUCAGCACCUCGGGUGUUGGAGGCAUUUUUGGAUGGAUUUUCAUUCACCCAGUCAAUACUUUGGCCAUUCGGAUGAAUCUUGCGAGCAUGCAGAAUCCGGGUGCAAAGCUGAACUUCUUCUCUUUUGCGGCUCAGACGGUGAAGAGCACCGGUAUCAUGGGUCUUUAUGAUGGCCUUGGAGCAGGUAUUUGGAGACAGAUCUUCUAUGCCAGCAGCAGAUACGGUUUGUUCCAAGUCUUCAGAGACACGCUUGCAAAGCAUAGAGAGGUGGACUUUGUUUCCCGUUUGUCUUGUGCCACUGCUGCUGGUGGACUUGCUGCCUUAAUCUCCUGCCCUUGCGAGGUUUCGCUUGUACGCUUGUCGAACGACGCUACCCUUGAACCAUCUCUGCGACGGAACUACAAGGGAGUCGUAGACUGCGCCCAGCGCAUCGCACGAGAAGAAGGUGUCACUGCCUUUUGGCGUGGCAGCAUGCCUUUUGUCACGCGAGCUUGCCUUGUCGGUGCUACUCAGGUUGCGACCUACGACCAGUUUAAAUCUAUUUACGGAAAGUUGGGAAUCAAGGGCAGUGGCAACGUGGUGGCUUCAUCUUUCACAGCAGGGUUGGUCUAUUCCAUCAUCACCAUGCCAUUUGAGUCAGCGAAGAACCGGAUGGCGUCUCAAAAGCCUGAUCCGGAGACGGGAAAGCUGCCGUACCGCGGCACUUUGCAAACAAUUCAGACAGUGGCAGGCAAAGAAGGUGCUGCCGCCCUCUACAAUGGUUUUUUCCCAUACUUCCUCAGGUGUGGCGGUCACACCGUGCUGAUGUUUUUUGCCGUGGAGGAGUUGCAGAAGAUGUACCAGAAAGCCGCAUGA